AAAUCAUAUGACUGCUCUGGGCGUAUUGUCUGUCAACGUGCCGUACUUUCGGAAAAAAGUGAUUAAUUAAUAGUUUUUCGGGUUAUUUAUCGCGAGAAAAGAGAAAAGUUAUAUCUCUCUGGAAGAAUGAAAGUCUGCGGACCUAAAUACGCUCUUUGUGGCCUGGUAAUUUCAGCAUGGGGUGUUAUUCAGCUCGGGCUGAUGGGAAUAUUCUUCUACUGCAAAAGUGUUGCAUUAGUUGAAGAUCUUCCCCUGGAAGGAAAGACGUUUUCCAGCUCGAAAGAAUUUUUCUUGGCAGCUGACAAAGGUUUCCAGCAAAAUGCCAUUAAUUGCUGGAUCGCAGCAAUCCUCUACAUCAUCACCUUUGGAUUUUCCGGUUAUCAGUUUUAUCUCAACUCACGUUCAUCGCUUAGUGUUUAAUUUUAGGCCCAAAGGGUUAUUCCAGAGCCGGCUUAAUUUAAUGCAAAAAAUCCAUUUAAUUAUGAUUGUGUUCUAAAACAAUUACGUGAGAAUUAUACAUAUGAAAAUCCAUGGAAGAAUUUGAAAGAAAUGAAGAAAUUAGGUUCUAUCAGUCAGUAUUUAGAGUCCUUUAGUUUACAGCUUCAAUCGAUAGUUCUAAUUUACAAUUGCUAUUUCUUUUUCCUUUUAAUCAGAAAUUAAUCAUUUUAAAGACAAUAGAAAUUUUAAACUUAGGUUCCAGUGU